AUGAGUGGUUGGAUUAAUUUUGAAAAAAAUAAUUAUAGAAAAUUUUGCAAAGGAUCAGAAAUCUAUGAUAUUGUUAUAAAAAUAAAUAGUAUUUUAGAUAUUAUAAAUGGUUGGGAAGUUUCAUAUCCAUUACUUGAACAUUUUAAAAAGUCAAAAGAGUUUCCAAGCUUUUUGGCUAAAAUCCAAACUUUUCUUUCUAAUAAACCCUCUAGUGUUGAUGAAAUUUCCAUUAAAAAAUUACAAAUUAAAAGUGAAAAUAAUAGACGUGCUGUAGUUUCGGUCUUAGGUCUUUAUAACAAAGGAAAGUCUUAUGUUUUAUCCCGUAUUUUAGGUUUAAAGCUUGUAAGCUCAUUCUUUGAACAUACUGAAGGUCUCAGUAUUUUAUUAUCUCGUGCUGAUAUUACUGAAGUAUUAAUUGGUCUUGAUACAAAAGGUUCUCAAAAACCAGUUAAAUACUAUGAUGAAGCUAAAAUGAAAGACUUUAAAGCAACAGAAAGAUUCAUUCAAACUCUUAGUCUUAAUCUUUCAGACAUUGUUCUUAUCGUUGUAGAUAGACUUACUUAUGAUGAUCAACUUUAUAUUAAACAAAUUAAACAAACCUUUAGAAAUAAAGAGAAUAUUAUCAUUGUUCAUAAUUUAAUUCAUGUCAAGUUGAUUAAAGAUUUAGAAAAGGUUAUAAAAGAAGAAAUUGUCGAUUGUUUUGAUUGUCAAGUAAAACAAUUGAAGGAUUCUGCCCCAUAUUGGUAUGAAAAUGAUCGUACCCGUCAUGUUGUUAUGGCUUGUGAUGACAAAGAUUCAGAAUCUAAAAUUUAUUCUGAAGCCGGCGCCAAGAUGAACCAACCAACAAUAGAACUCUUACAAUCAUGGUUAUUAAGUGCUGCCUCAACAUCUCUUGAAAGAUUUAAUUUAGUUGAUAAUAUCACAAAGUUUUCAAACCAAAUUAUUUCAAACUAUUUAAAUCAAAAAAUUGAAGUUGUUUUAAAUCCAGAAGAAACUCUUAUAAAAGCUAACCCAGACACUUGGGCCCCUGGUGAAGAACUUAAAUAUUCCGAUAUUUGUUUAAGCUUGGUUGGUUUAAUUUCAAGAGUUUCAGAGGACCAAGAUCACUACUAUAUUAGUUUAGAAUGCUAUGGAUAUGAACUUGAAGACUUAGAUAUUAAAAUAGAAUUCGUUAACACCACCAAAAAGAUAAUUAUUAUAAAGAGUGAACUACCAAGAAAGAUUGAAAUUAAAGAAAAUACAACUACCUUAAGAGACGAAUUUAAAACAACACACACAAGACCUCUCAAAUGGAGUUUUGAAUUUCCAAUUUUAAUCAUUGAAGAAGAUGCAACUGAUAUAAAAGAUCUUGAUUUAAUCAAUGGAUUACUUCAUCUUACUCUUACCAAAAACCUAAUUCCAAUUCUUUAUUCCUCAAUAUCAAUACGUUCAAAGUUUCUAAGAUCGAUUAUUCGAAAACAAAGUUCAUGA